GUUAUGUUGAAGAAGGAGAUGGACCAGCUGAUCGCCAGAGGGCCGCCUCCUCAGCCAGAGCGACCAACGUCGGGUAACCGGACCUGGAGGAGGCCGGCGGCCCCUGGCGCAGCGAUCACAACAGGGGAUGGGUAGGAAGAUGGACGGCGGCACCUGGGUAGAGACUGCGACGACCUGGAUGAGGAAGAAAGGCAGAACCGCUGACACCUGGGGUGUCGGUUCAUUAUGGGUGGAAACACCGGAGGGGACUCGGCGUCCUCACGGAAGAAGUGGAAGAAUAUUGUGCAUCUAGCCGAGGUGCAAAGGCCACCGCUACCCAAGCGGAAAAAGAAGGAACCUUUGAUUUUCGCAGAUGAGGAUUAUCCACCUGUUCUCAUCCCCCACAGGGAUGCGCUGGUGAUAAAGGUGGAAAUCAAUAACGUGGUUGUUCACUGCACAUUGGUCGAUACUGGCAGUUUGGUCAAUAUUAUGUACAGCAGCACCUUUAAGGAGCUGAGGUUGUCCCAGAGCGACCUGAAGCCGAUCCGUACACCGCUGUCUGGGUUUACGGAAGACACUAUUGAAGCCGAGGGGACCAUCAAGGUGAAGGAUAAGGUAGGAGAUGGCACCCACCGACUCUGGCUCGACGUGGAAUUUAUGGUAGUGCAGCUUGACUGUGCACACCAUUUGAUCCUAGGGCGACCAGGUCUGGAGGACUUGGAGUGCGUGAUCUCCCCCGUCCACCUGUGCAUGAAGUUCAACACCCCCACCGGGGUGGGAGUGGCUAGAGGGAAUCAGAGUUUGUCCCGGUCGUGCUAUGUUAGGGCAACCAAGAGCCAGGCGAGGAUUGAUGAGAAUGCCAGCACGAUCUGUGUCGCCAUACAGAAAGAAGAGGGGCGACCCCGAUCAGCACUGCAAUCCCCUUUGCUUGGUGGGGCAUUGAUUUAGUUCGCAUCUUGCCCAGGGGAGCAAGAAACAACACGUACCUGG